UCAGACACCAGUGGCCCCAGUCUCUGUUGGAAGUCCUCCACCUCAUCAGCCCAUCCAGCUCAGUGACCUUCAGAGCAUCCUCGCCAACAUGAACGUCCCAGCAGCAGCUGCUGCUCAAGGACCAGGGGUGGACCUGGCCAGUGUUUGCACCCCAGAGAUGAUGGCUCCCAUCCUUAGUAACCCUGAAGUACGGCAGAGACUCCUUCCUUUCCUCCCCAGUGGGGAAAGUUUACCACAGAGUUCUGAGGAGAUCCAGAACACACUCAACUCACCUCAGUUCCAGCAGUCCAUGAGCUUGUUCAGCAGUGCCUUGGCCUCUGGGCAGCUCGGCCCGCUCAUGAGUCAGUUUGGACUGUCAGCAGACGCUGUGGACGCUGCCAACAGGGGAGAUGUAGAGGCGUUUGCCAGAGCCAUGCAGGGCAGCAAAGGAGACUCUAAAGAGAAGAAGGAGGAGGAGGAGGAGGAUGAUGAAGAUAUGAGCCUCAGUUAGAAAUCUGCUUCAUUUCUGUAAAACAUGACUUUUCUUUUGUGCUCUAGUUGUGUUGAGCUUCUGUGUGUUUGCAUCGACACCUGUCAAUGCAGUGCUGAGCUGCUGAUGUCCUCCAUGCUGUGCUUCAGCCUCACGUUUGAGCUUUUACUACAGAAAAGAUUGUUAGAGCUGAGUGACUAAAACUCUUGAUAAUAAAACUAAAUAAUUACUUCACUCA